AUGACUGAAGCUUUCCCCGGUGCCUUGGUAGGCCCAUCAUCCAAAGAGAGGAAAUACGACCGGCAACUGCGGCUGUGGGCUGCAAGCGGUCAACAAGCGCUCGAGGAAGCACGGGUACUGCUAGUCAACUCCGAUGGCCCAUGGGGUAAACAGAGCACCGGCGUCUCCGGGGUAGUCGGAGUAGAGACCCUCAAGAACCUCGUGCUUCCUGGCAUUGGUGGUUUUACCAUCGUAGACCCUGCGGUGGUAACGGAGCCUGACCUGGGGGUCAACUUCUUCCUUGAGGAAAAUAGUCUUGGGAAGUCUCGAGCCCAGGAGACGUGUCGCUUGCUGAAAGAACUAAACCCCGACGUAGAAGGAAACUUUGAAUCCAAGCCGGUCACCGAGCUUCUGCAAGACCCCGAAUUUCUACCACAAUUCAAACUGGUACUGGUCUCAGGUCCGGCCAACAAGUCGACCUUGAUCACUCUCAGCAGUGCUGCCAAAGCUCUUGGCAUUCCUGUCCUGUAUACGCGCUCAGUGGGUUUCUACUCCACCUUUUCUCUCCAGCUUCCAGCUGUUUUCCCCAUAGUAGAGACACAUCCGGACCCCGAAAGCACGCAGGACCUUCGGUUGCUCAACCCCUGGCCUGAAUUGGCAGCUACUCUGGCUAGCAUUAGCAACUUGGAGGCUCUGGACGACCAUCAACAUGGCCAUGUUCCUUACAUCUUACUCUUGCUUCACUAUCUGGAAAAGUGGAAGGAGACCCACGACGGAAACGUCCCCUCCAACUACAAAGAGAAAACCGCAUUCAGAGAACUAGUGCGGUCUGGUGCACGAACGGCCAACCCCGAAGGUGGCGAGGAGAAUUAUGAUGAGGCCGUGGCCGCAGUCCUGAAGUCACUGAACCCUUUCACUUUGCGGAGCUCAAUCCGCGAGAUCUUCGAGAUGGACGAGUGCCACAAUCUGACCUCAAAUUCGGCGGAUUUCUGGCUCAUCGCAUCAGCGAUCAGGGAGUUCUACACGAAACACAACGUACUCCCGCUGCCAGGCUCGUUGCCUGACAUGAAAGCAGAGUCAGCCGACUACGUAUCGCUGCAGAACAUUUACAAGUCUAAGGCCCGGAAGGAUAUGGCAGAGGUCGUUGAGGUCGUUCGGAGGCUUGAAGCAGAACUCAGCCCCCGACCUGCGCAAGUUGCGGAAAAGGACAUUGAAGUCUUCUGUAAGAAUGCGGCUCAUAUCAAGGUCAUUCAUGGUCGAGACCUUCCUCAAUUGAACGGUGAGAAGCACAAUGUGAAAGCCAUUAACAAUGCUCUGGGGGACCCCGAGUCACUGGUCUUGGCUUUCCUCGGCUUCGAUAUUCUUGAUAGUAUAAUCACCGAUAUACAGAGCGGCAAGCAAAACGAGGCAGCGUUGGAUUCCGCCCUCGCGUGGGAGGCAGGAGUGGAUCGGGUGAUUCAGUCCCUUACGUCGGAGGCCUCGGCAGCCAUCGACGAGGAGACCAAAGAGCGAAUUAUUCAGGCAACUCAAGAGCUCCGGCGAACGCAAGGCGGAGACUUGCACAAUGUGUCUGCUCUCACAGGAGGGCUAGUCGCGCAGGAGGCCCUCAAGGUCAUAACAAGGCAGUAUGUCCCCUUGGACAACACCUGUGUAUUUGAUGGGAUUAAAAGCCGCAGUGAGAUGUAUAGACUUUGA